UUGGUCGCGCCCAGACGGGCGGAGCGAGCCGGCGCGCGGCGCGGGCGGUACCAAGACGCGGCGCGGGCGGGGGUGCGCGGCGGGCGUGGCCGGAUGCCGGCGGCGCGGCGGGCGCUGUGGCCGGGCUGCGAGCGGCGCAGGAUGAAGGUGUUGGUGGCGGCGGCGGCGCUGGGCGCGGCCCUCCUGCUCCUGCUGCCCGCAGCCUCCCGCGCCGACGAGCGCAAGAAGGGACCCAAGGUCACCGCCAAGGUCUUCUUCGACCUGCGGAUUGGUGAGGAGGAUGUGGGCCGUGUUGUCAUCGGACUCUUUGGCAAAACAGUGCCCAAGACGGUGGAGAACUUCAUGGCCUUGGCCACCGGAGAGAAAGGAUUUGGUUUCAAAGGCAGCAAGUUCCACCGUGUGAUCAAAGACUUCAUGAUCCAGGGAGGAGACUUCACCCGUGGCGAUGGCACUGGAGGAAAAAGCAUCUACGGGGACCGUUUCCCUGACGAGAACUUCAAGCUGAAGCAUUAUGGGCCAGGCUGGGUGAGCAUGGCCAACGCCGGCAAGGACACCAACGGCUCCCAGUUCUUCAUCACCACUGUGAAGACGCCGUGGCUGGACGGGAAGCACGUGGUGUUUGGGAAAGUGCUGGAGGGCAUGGACGUGGUGCGGAAGGUGGAGAACACAAAGACAGACAGCCGGGACAAGCCUCUCAAGGAUGUCACCAUCAUCGACUGUGGCACCAUCGAGGUGGAGAAGCCGUUUGCCAUCGCCAAAGAGUGAGGGGACCAGGCCCUGCUGGGCUGUGAGGGGCUGUGGAAUGGGGGCUGCCACGCUUCCUGUACCCUGGGACCACUGCAUCCUGCUGUGUCCUAGAGCCUGGCCCCUCUCCGUGUUGCCUCCCAGACAGUGGGAUGGGGCAUAGGCUGUUCUUCCAUCAUUUUUGUAAGAAGCACACGCACCAAUAAAUGUGACCAAUGUGUUUUUUAAA